GAUUUAUUGAUUGUUUAAUUAAUUAUAAUCCGUGAUUUUUAUGUGAUAAUUACUUGGAUAAUAUUAUUAUUAUUAUUUUUCAUUUCGACUAGCCCUUGAUAUAUCUGUCUGACUAGUCUCUCCUUCCCAUGUAGUGUUUUGGAACUCCUUCAUUUCGACUAGUUCUUGAUAUACCCUUUUUCCUUUGUAGUGUUUUGGAACUUUGAAUUGAAGAUCGUUUGACUAACACUGGGGUUUUACUGUGAAGAGGAAACAACACUCUCAUAGAUUUCUCAAGGUGGGUUUUCAUUUUCUUCUCGUGAAAAAAGGUUGAGAAUUUAAGGUCUUUGAGAUCAAGUAGGUAGAGAAGUAGGGUUUUGAGAUUUGCUCUCUAGUCAAGUUUUCUGAGGUGGGCUGCAAUGGAAAAAUACAUGACUUUUCUGGGUUUCCAUCAGUAAAGGGAUAUUUAUUUGAGAUUGAUUGAACUUGGUAAGAGAGAAUUUGUGGGGUUCUGAGUUUGAAUGAUGAGGUUUUGAAGAUGAAGAGAUUGUGAGAAUUGGGUCACUGAUUUAGUGUUGUUUCAGUUAAGUGAAUGAUGGGACUUGAGAGGUUUUAAGAGUAGUGAAUCUUCUUCUUCUUCAAAAUGAAGAGAAUGGAGAGAGGGAUUCAACCUGCUCUGGUUGAUACUACAUGUCUCUGCAGAGUAGAUGCAGGGCUGAAAACAGUUGUUGGGGCAAAGAAGUUUGUGCCUGGGACAAGGGUUUGCAUGCAACCUAACAUAAAACCAUCAAUCCAUCCUUCGAGACACAAACCUUCACGUGAGGCCAGGAGUCGGAAUCAACUACCUCUCUUACCUGGACUCCCUGAUGACUUGGCAAUAGCAUGCUUGAUCCGAGUUCCUCGAAAUGAGCACCGCAAAUUGCGUUUAGUUUGCAAAAGAUGGUACAAACUCCUAGCAGGAAACUUCUUUUACUCUCUUCGUAAGAACCUUGGAAUGGCAGAAGAAUGGAUAUAUGUCAUGAAGCGAGACAGAGAUAGGAAGAUCUUGUUUCAUGCAUUCGACCCUAUUUACCAACUGUGGCAGCCUCUUCCUCCUGUUCCCAAGGAAUACUCAGAAGCCCUUGGGUUUGGGUCUGCUGUCCUUAGUGGCUGUCACCUUUACUUAUUUGGAGGGAAAGAUCCGAUCAAAGGAUCAAUGAGACGAGUAAUAUUUUACAGUGCACGUACUAAUAAAUGGCAUCGAGCUCCAGAUAUGCUGCGGCGGCGGCAUUUUUCUGGUUCCUGUGUCAUAAACAACUGCUUGUAUGUUGCUGGUGGUGAGAGUGAAGGCGGUCAUCGAUCUCUUAAAUCAGCCGAAGUGUAUGACCCUAACAAGAACAGGUGGUCCUUUAUUUCGGAGAUGGAAACAGCAAUGGUACCUUUCAUUGGAGUUGUCCACGAUGGGAAGUGGUUUCUUAAAGGACUGGGACCUCACCGGCAGGUCAUAAGUGAAGUCUACAAUCCUGAAACUGAUAGCUGGAAUGCAGUCUAUAAUGGAAUGGUUGCAGGUUGGAGGAACCCAAGUAUAUCUAUGAACGGAAAUCUCUAUGCCCUAGAUUGCAAGGAUGGGUGCAGAUUAAGGAUUUAUGACGUGGCUACUGAUACUUGGGGAAAGCAUAUAGAUAGUAAGCUGCAUCUAGGUAGUUCUCGUGCCUUGGAAGCAGCGGCUCUUAUCCAAUUAAACGGAAAGCUAUGUAUAAUACGCAACAACAUGAGCAUUUCCAUGGUGGAUGUAUCAAAUGCUGAUAAUGGCAGAAGCUCAACGUCAGAUCAUUUGUGGGAGACUAUUGCUGGAAAAGGGCAAUUCAAGACAUUCAUCACAAAUAUCUGGUCAAGUUUUUCCAGCCGGAACCGUAUAAAAGUUCAUCUUCUUCAUUGCCAGAUGCUUCAAGCAUAAACGGAUACUGAUUUGAAGUUAGGUCUAGCGGCUGUUCUUAUUUUUGUAGAGAUCUUCUGGAGUUUUUUGGUUAAGAUCGCCUUGGUCAUGAAGGAAGCAUGGAAGAAGACCUCUUUUUUGUUGUUGUUUCAUUAGUUGUACUCAUUGUAUGUUUAUAUGAUAGCAUAAGACUUUACUGCAAUCUUAUAUGUUACACCAGACACUCGACAAUUCAAAUUGUGCCUCCUCUCUGAAUCAGUAGUUCAACGU